CAAAGCACAUUCACUAUAAAUUCACACUCUAUAAAGCCCUCACAGUUUAAAGUUUUCUUAAGGACUUCAGCAUCUAGAAGUGCAGUGUGGGGAAGUGUUCCUGAACUCAACUUGCAUAAUUUGAGGAUGGACAAGAGCAGAACUUGUCAGAGCUGCGAGGUGAGAAUUGGUCACUCUCUGAGUGAAGUGGAGAGGCAGCAUUUGGCCAGAAGGACAGAGACUGUUCUACAGUGCCUGAAGCAGCACGGCAUAACCUGCAGUGAGGAUGACAUGCCCAACAUCGCCGUUCUGGGCUCUGGUGGAGGUUUGAGAGCUAUGGUUGGACUGCUGGGGUCACUGAGUCAGCUGAAAGAAGAGAGACUGCUGGACUGCAUCAUGUACCUGUGUGGAGUUUCAGGAUCUACCUGGUGCAUGGCAUCAUUAUACAAUGAACCAAACUGGUCCACCAAACUGGAGACUGUGAAAGAUAGCACCGUCCAAAGGCUUGCUGAAGGAAGUGUCAGCUGGUGGAAGAUGGGUAAAAAACUGGCAAAUUACUAUUCAAACAACGACAACUUUAGCCUGACAGAUGUGUGGGCAGCACUGAUUGUGUCUAACAUGGUGAAAGAGAUAGAUGAACACAGACUCUCAGAGCAGAGGGGCAACUACACCAGUGACCCUUAUCCCAUUUACACUGUGAUUGACAAGCAGUGUAAAUAUGAUAGACUGAAUGCAGAUGUCUGGUUUGAGAUCACUCCAGAUGAGUCAGGUUAUUCUCUCUCUGGAGCCUUUGUGGAUUCUUCCUGUUUGGGAAGUCAGUUUGAGAAUGGAAAGAAGAUUAAAGACCAACCUGAGAUUGACAUGCUGUACCUACAAGAGAUGGGCCAGACCAGCAGUAGUCAAAGUGUGUGUGGCAGUGAUGUGAGAAUUGGUCACUCUCUGAGUGAAGCUGAGAGGCAGCAUUUGGCCAGAAGGAGAGAAACUGUUCUGCAGUGCCUGAAGCAGCAUGGCAUAACCUGCACUGAGGAUGAGAUGCCUAACAUUGCAGUGCUGGGCUCUGGUGGAGGUUUGAGAGCUAUGGUUGGAUUGCUGGGGUCACUGUGUCAGCUGAAAGAAGAGGGACUGCUGGACUGCAUCAUGUACCUGAGUGGAGUUUCAGGAUCUACCUGGUGCAUGGCAUCAUUAUAUAAAGAACCAAACUGGUCCACCAAACUGGACACUGUGAAAAAUAACAUUGUCCAAAGGCUUGCUGAUGGCAGCGUGAGUUUGAAGGAAAUGGGUGAAAAGCUGGCGAAAUACUAUUCAGAAAAAGACAACUUCAGCCUGACAGAUGUGUGGUCAGUACUGAUUGUGUCUAACAUGGUGAAUGAGAUAGAUGAGCACAAACUCACAGAGCAGAGGGGUAAAUACACCAAAGACCCGUAUCCUGUUUACACUGUGAUUGACAAGCAGUCUAAAUAUGACAGACUGAAUGCAGAUCCUUGGUUUGAGAUCACUCCAGAUGAGUCAGGUUAUUCUCUCUCUGGAGUCUUUGUGGAUUCGUCCUGUUUGGGAAGUCAGUUUGAGAAUGGAAACAAAAUUAAGAAGCAGCCUGAGAUUGACAUGCUGUACUUACAAGGUCUGUGUGGCAGUGUCCUUGCAGAUAUGGAGCAGAUCCUUCAGAAACUACAAGAACUAAUCUCACCUACAACAGGGAGUGUAAAACAAAGGAAAGCAUCACAAACGCCAGAUGUGCCAAAAGCUCCUGAGGCGCUCUUAACACUUGUGGAGCUGAACCUUCGUGCACUGAAAAAGAAGGAUCUUACAAAUCACCUCAAAGCCAUGGAUGAACACCUGAAAGAAUAUAAAGAAACAGAGACGAUGACUCUUCGUCAAGAGGGGGGAGAGAAAUCAGCAAAGACGAUCUCCAAAAUGGAGUUAAAAGAUUACACUCUGCGAGCAUGCAGUUCUAUCACUGACAUGUAUAAGGAACAGGGUAGUAAAGACGAAAGUUGGAUUGCUAUUUUGAGAUCCAUGGAAAAACUUGUGCACUGGACCUGGGGAACGAAUCACAACUACCUGUAUAGAAUGAAAGUGGAAAGCAUCAACCCCAGUGUCCUUAAGUCAAAGACAAGACAUUACGAAGAUGCUGGACUGUUACUGAACUCACCCUAUUUCGCAAUGCUGAGGAAAGAACGAGACAUCGACCUCAUCAUUUCCCUUGACUACAGUGAAGGAGAUCCCUUUGAGACGGUGGUUCAGACUGCUGAAAAGUGCAAAGACCUUCAGAUUCCUUUCCCUGAGGUUGUUCUACCUGCUGAAAACACAGAACCACAGGACUUCUAUGUGUUCAAGGGUUCCAGCGAUGCUCCAACUGUGAUUCACAUCCCUCUUUUCAAUGCUGUUAACUGCAAAGGAGAAAUUAAGAAGUGGGAGAAAAGAUAUUCCACUUUUCAAAUGAACUACAGUCGUGAAAUGAUCACAGAUCUUCUGGAGAAAGCUGGAUUAAACAUCAAAAACAACAAGGAGAAACUGCUCAAGGAGAUUGAAAAUGUCAUUGGACAAAAGAAAACUUCCAAGCUUGGAAAAGUCUGAUGAAUAAAGGAAAACAUGUUAAGAAGUGUGGGGAAAAUCAGUCUUUUUGGAUCUGGGUGAUUAAUUCCAAAUUGAAGUUGUUCUCGUAUCAGAAAAAUAACAAAUAAUCAAUAAUUAAUUUGUGUGUAAUGUAGACGUAGUUCAUGGAGUACAGAAUAUCAGAUUUUGGCACAUUUGUUUAUCAUUUUGAAAUUAUAACUUUGACUGUUUGACAUCGAUUGUAUUUCUGGAACAAUCUGGAAUGUGGAUUAUACCUUUCUUUCAUGUUUGCAUUUAUGAUUGUUUAUUUGGUGUCUUCUUAAAUGAGAAUAAUAAUAAAUGAUUUAUAAGCUAAGGAAUACAUCAACUUAAAAUACUACUAAUUACAAAGAAAAAAUCACCAUGACCAAUAAGAUUUUUUUUUUUUUGGGAAUUGGGCUGCAUCUAUAUGUUCUAUGUUCUUGAGAGAAAGUAUAGGUCUUUUGACAUUUGCUUUCUUCUAUGCUCUAACCCAUGUUGUCUUUUUGUUGUGUCAGCUGUAUUUGUCUUACAGUUGUGUGCCUUUUGGUGUUUUAUCUGUAUUGUUCCCCCUGAGGUG